AUACUUUGACUUGUUUGCACUUGUAUGGAACAGCAUCUUCCAAAUCUGAAGAUCUUGGAACUUGUUAGAUUGAAUAACCUAAUCAUGACACCAGAUUUUGAUAGAAUUCCAAAUCUUGAAAGACUCAUUCUUCGUGGAUGCCAGCGUUUAAAAAAGAUUCAUCCAUCGAUUGGAAACUUGGAAAGGCUCAUUUUCCUAUCUAUAGAGUUUUGUUCUGGUCUUAAGAUAUUUCCACCGAUUAAGCGACUAAAGAAACUCGAGACCCUUUCAUUAUCAGAUUGCCCCAAACUUUUUAAGCUCUUGGGGAUCCAACAGAAAAUGAACGGUCUACUGCAUCUUCAUUCAAAUAUUAGUGGGAAAGAAGUUGCAUCCUACAAAAAGUAUUCUUCAAACUUUGUCGUUACUUGUUGGACGUGUGGUGACACAAAAAUUAGAAACCCAGCAGAGGACCUGAUUGAUGUAGAAGAAUGUUGUUUAGAGGAGCCUUGUUUACCUCGCAACAACAAUACAGUGUUACGGUUUUUUCCCAGAGGCUUAAGAAAGUUAAAUCUCCGGUACUGCAGUCUGGGAGAUAAAGACAUUGACUCUGCUGUUUGGGAGUUUCCCAACUUGGAAGAACUCAAUCUAAAAGGAAAUAAGUUUUCAAGAUUAAAUUUUAGUCGAUGGCGACUUCCUCAGCUCAAAUGGCUGGACGUGUCAUGGUGCCAAUUACUUGUAGAAUUGUGGGAUCUGCCAUCAAGUAUAGCUGUUGUUAUAGCGGAUAAUUGUUGGUCACUUGAAAGCUUUGGAGAUAUUUCAAACUGUAAGUGGUUGUGGAAAGUCUCAUUGUGUGGGUACAACAAACUUGGUCCACUUGUUGGUGACAUAUUACUAGACUCCAUGCUCCAGGGAAAUGCUCUUGAAGAUCACUUUAUCAGUGUCAAUCUUGGAUAUAAGAUGAUUCCAAGGGGGUUUGUUGGUAGGCUGUUUAAGGGGACAACAUUUACAUUGCGUCUUCCAUAUGAUUGGUACAAAGACUUUUGUGGGUUCUUAAUAUGCAUUGUUACCAAAGCAAGACAUCCGCGAAUAAAUAUAAUCAUCAGGCAGGAUGUGGAUGAAGAUAUUCUCUCCGUGCUUUGGCAAGAGUCUAGUGAAGCACCAGCAGAUCCUAAAUAUGAUGGAAGUGGGUCAAUCAUAGGAUAUGUUUCCUUUAGUUCACUGAGGCACACAACAUUAUUGAAUUCUUCAUACAAUAUGAUAUCAUUUUCCAUAGACGGAGGGCAUCUGAGUGGCUUAGCAGCUAACAGUUAUGUUGGAGGUGAGCUCAUUCCUUGGGGAAGUAAAGGGGAUGAGGUGAAAACAACAAAUUGCUCAGAAUUUUGGGACAAGGAAAAUGAAGAUGGUUCAAACACAUUUAAAAUCCGACAACAUGAUUCAAAGUCUUCUGUUGAGAUCUUAUGGCGGCCUUACUACACACAGAAAGUGGUUGUCAAAGUGAAUGUACACGAUGAUAAAGGAAAGCGGAAGGUUUUGAAGGCAGUUUCCACCCUUUCAGGGGUCGAGUCCAUAGCUUUCAGCAUGAAAGAGAAGACACUGACUGUCACUGGGGACGUUGAUCCAGUUUUUAUCGUCGGAAAACUGAAAAAGUAUUGCCACACAGAGAUAGUGACCAUUGGAACAGCCAAAGGUUGGUAGAAGCUUUCAGCAGGACCUUCAAUCCUGAAAUCGUACAAGAGUGUCACAAUGAUUGUGUUAUAUCUGAGCUCUUAGACUUGAGGGAGUGAUGUCAGCAAUACCCACUACAAAAAAUAUGUCAAUUAGUGACCAAAACGAAAUGGUCACUAACAAUAGAAUGAGUCGUCACUAAAUGAUUUAGUGACCAAAAUUUCGGUCGUCACUUUUCGUCACUAUAGGUCGGUCACAAAACCGAUUUAGUGACCAGAUAUAAAUGUGGUCACUAAACAGUGACUAAAAUAUAGUCGUCACUAAAUCUGUGACGACCCGCUUCGUCACUAAAUGUUGUCACUAAUCAAUGAAAGUCGUCCCUAUUUUAUCUACUUAGUGUCCAAUAAAAGUC